UGGGCGGAACUUGACCGCCGGAAGUGCGUGGCCGUCCGAGGCCAUGGCGGCGCUUGGCGUCUUCUGCAUGCUGCUCGGGGCAGCGGCCGGCCCGUUCGCCGGCGCCUUGAGCGAGGAGUUCUGGGUCAGCCAGUCGCCGGCCCACCUGCUGUCGGACAGGGCGAGCUACAGACGGUAUCUUCUGUAUGACGUCAACCCCCCGGAGGGUUUCAACCUCCGCAGGGAUGUCUACAUUCGCAUGGCCUCCCUCCUGAAGAUCCUGAUGAAGUCUGAGGAGUGGGUGAUGGUGCUGCCCCCCUGGGGCCGCCUCUACCACUGGCAGAGCCCCGACAUUCACCAGGUCCGGAUUCCCUGGUCCGACUUCUUUGAUCUUGAAAGUCUCAAUAAAAACAUCCCCGUCAUGGAAUACGAGGACUUCAUUGCAGAGAACGGCGGGCCCUUCAUUGACCAGAUUUAUGUCCUGCAAAGCUACGCGGAAGGGUGGAAAGAGGGCCCCUGGGAGGAGAAGGUGGACGAGCGGCCCUGCCUCGAUCCGCCGCUGUACUCGCAGGACAAGCACGAGUACUACAGGGGAUGGUUUUGGGGUUAUGAAGAAACAAGGGGGCUAAACGUUUCCUGUCUGUCUGUUCAAGGAUCGGCUUCUGUCAUUGCACCUAUGCUUUUGAAAAACACGCCAGCACGGUCCGUGAUGUUGGACAGAGCGGAGAACCUCCUCCACGACCACUACGGGGGAAAGGAGUACUGGGAUACGCGGCGGAGCAUGGUGUUCGCCAGGCACCUGCGUGCCGUGGGAGACGAGUUCAGGAGUAAAUAUCUCAAUUCCACCAACGAGGCCGACAGGAUCCCCGACGAGGAGGACUGGACCAAGCUGAAGGUGGAGCUGGGCUCCUCGCUGGGGGGCCCCUACCUCGCCGUGCACCUGCGGAGGAAGGAUUUCAUCUGGGGCCACCGGGAGGACGUGCCCAGCCUGGAAGGAGCCGUGAAGAAGAUACGCAGCCUCAUGAAGACCCACGGGCUGGACAAAGUGUUUGUGGCCACAGACGCUGUGAGGAAGGAAUAUGAGGAGCUGAAGAGACUGUUACCCGAGAUGGUGAGGUUUGAGCCCACGUGGGAGGAGCUGGAGCUCUACAAAGACGGAGGCGUGGCCAUCAUCGACCAGUGGGUCUGCGCGCAUGCCAGGUUCUUCAUCGGCACCUCUGUAUCCACAUUCUCUUUUCGGAUUCACGAGGAAAGGGAGAUCCUGGGGUUGGACCCCAAGACUACAUACAACCGGUUCUGUGGGGACUUGGAGAGAGCGUGCGAGCAGCCCACGCACUGGAAGGUUGUGUACUGAGCUGGCACUCGGAGGCCCGUGCCCUGCACCCAUUGUACCCGCGGUGGACUGGGGGCUUCCCCUAACGUCACAUGUCGCUGUGGUGUUGCUCCUGCCCUUGGUGGUGGCUAGACAGGCAAACGUCAUGUCUCGGGGUCUCAGGCCCGAGGAGGCCACACACACAUGCACAGCCCGUGGCCACAUGAGCACAGCGGGAGCUGUGCUGCGCCUGGAGCUGUCCCUGUUCCUGUGUCUUCUAGCUUCGCUGCCCAUGCAAAGGCACUGCCACUGGGGGCUCUGGUGGUCUUUUCUGUCAGGAUCUGAAGCCGUGUGUCAGCCACAGCAGGGCCCGCGGCGUGCUUUCCUCGGCCGUGCUUGGCUUCUCCAGGGAGUCGGCAGGCGUGUGCGAGCAGCUCCCGUCUUGGGGCCGCAGAGCUGGCCGGGCCCUGGGGCUCAGUGUGAUUUGAGUCUGUGGGUCAGUCAUUGUAACUCACUGUUGCCCCAAAGCACAGUAUAGUUCUGCCCUUCGCCCUGAGCAAGACCUCCUGCGAGCUGGAGGGAGGUGAACGGCUGCCUGCAGGGCGGGUUGGAGGGGCCUGAGACUGGUCGCUCUCCCCCUGUCUGGGCUGGGAAGUUGCACUCAGGUCUUGAGCAACUUGGCCUGUGCAAGCGGAGAGAAGCAUCCUCCCCACGCCCAGCUGCUGCCUCUGCAUCUGUGGUUGUCACUCAACACCCCGACCUGUGUGGCGGGAGGGGCCUAGCAGGCCAGCUGUCCUCGGCUGUCCUCCAGGGGCCCUUUCUGAGGCCUCGGAACUGCUACCCGGGGCUGGGGGUGGGGGGAUGCCCCCGGGCAUGUGUGUCAGCUGUGGAACACUGCCAGGGCCCGCCCUGUCCCCUCUGUAACUGGGAACCCUGACUUCAGGGACACCUGGGUGCACAACCAUGGGCAUGAGCGUGGGCACAUGGCCCUUCUGCUGAGCCGGCAGCCAGGACAUGGGGUCGAGGCCACGGCCUCCAUUCUCCGUCUCCUUCCCAGGCUUCGGAAAUCUGUGAACACGCAGGGCCCUUGGUGUCAGCUGUGCAGGCUGAAGUGAUGAUAUAUUUAUUCUAUUCCAUUUGUACAUUCACACGUUAUUAAUAAAAUAAAUGUUCUAGAAAGCAGAA